AUGAUGAUGAUGAUGAUUCGCGAGUGACGACGUACGAGAGAGAAACGAGACAUCAACGAAGCAUCAUCGAAGAGGAAGAAGACUGUAAAGUGGACGGUCACACGUGGCAGUGGCAGGACGACAUCAGGACGUGGACAAGGAGAGACCGUCCAAGGAUAUCGUCCCUAGCCGGUACGGGGCAACGCGUCGAGAGCACGUCGGAAAAGGUGGAGGAGUGUCGGUGCGACAGCGAGUCGGUACCGGAAGAACCGGCACCGAUAGUGGAAGACGGCGUGAGGCGGCCAUCAUUACACGCGAACGGCGUCGCCGCUCAUCGGGGGGAGAACAGCUGGUGGCAACCCGAGCAGGGCGGAGGAGGUCACGCGAUAAGGGAACGUGAUAAUAGUGCCGCGGUGGCGGGUGAACUGGCUUGCCUCGCGGGAUACAUGGCGGGUUACCUGAAGGCGUCAGGCACAACCUGCGCCUCGACCGGAAACCCUCAUCAAUACCACCCACACGGACAUCCCGCGAUGGGGGUCGGCACACAUCCACAUCCGCAUUCUCAUCCGCACCCGGGUACGCCACAUCCCGGUUUGCCGUCGCCCUUCGCGCUCGCGACGCACGGUCAUCCGCAUCCGCAUCCGCUCGAUCACGCACUGCCGUUUCCGCAAGGAAUGAAUCAACGUAAACAGCGUCGCGAAAGGACGACCUUCACCAGAGCUCAGCUGGACGUGUUGGAGGGGCUAUUUCAGAAAACGAGAUAUCCAGACAUCUUUAUGCGAGAAGAGGUUGCUCUUAAAAUCAACCUGCCAGAGUCGCGAGUCCAGGUUUGGUUCAAGAAUCGGCGAGCCAAGUGCAGACAACAAAUGCAACAAUCGCAACAGCACCAGCAACAGCAGCAACAACAAACCCCACCAUCCAAAAGUUCUCCGAGAUCGAGCCAAAAUCACAGCAACAGCAGCACCGGCAGUAGGAUAUCCACGAGCUCGUCGACGACGCCGAGCAGACGAUCCUCGCCGGAUUCGCCGGCGCAGGGAGGCAGGGAGGCACCGGUGGCAGGAAACUCACCCCUGUCGACGCCUCUUCUGUCGACGCAGUCGACGUAUCCGCGAGUCGGUGCGACGCCGACCGGCGGUAGUGGAGCCCACAGCAACCUGACAACCCCGUCGCCACCGUUGACGCCCAGCUCUAAUCAACUGCAACCAUCGAGCUAUCCGGCGGCGAUGAAUCAGAUCCAUCCGUCAGAGGCGUACGGUUUCGCCUGGAGCUCGGCUGGGUCCGCGGUGAACCACAGCCAAUACGCCGGUCAGGGCUACAACGCCUACAGCCAGACCCCGUACAGCGGUGACUACUAUCAGGCCCAGAUCCCUCACAUGCACCACAGUCCGCAGACCAACUACCAUCAUCCGCAGUAUCAUCCUAAUAUGACCCUCACCUCGUCCAUGCAUCUGACUAGCCAUCAUCUGAACCCGGUGACCAGUCAGACUCAGGCGAGCAGCAACGAUAUCGCGGCCGCGGCUGUUGUCGCUGCCGCGUCGAACGACGAGACGUCCGGUUACGUUCUGCCCGAGCAGAAGUAUCCAUCGUUGGUAUAGCGGUCCGGCAGGUCCUCCGGGAUCUUUCAAACCAGGAAUCAGGAAACUGCGAGCGUGUCCGGUUCCUCGAUGCCCUACCACUGGCGGCUGAACACGGCGAUCUGUCACGAGAUCAACGGCAAUCUCGACUCCGACGACAAUUGAUCGAAAGAAGGAGAGAAGAAAGAGGAAGGUUCAUCGAUGCGUUGAUAAACGCACUCCAGAUUCGAUGAGUAUAAUUAAGAAUCGAAUGUUUCAAUCAUUUAUAUACGAAUGUUCUGCAUAAA